AUGAUGAACAGCGGUGUGCCCAAGAAACGCACCAACUUGCGUAUCAAAGCUUUCCCGAUGACGAUGGAUGAAAAAUUAAUUGAUAGCAUUUGGUUGUUGUUGAAAAAUGCUAUCCAAGAAAUUCAAAAGAAAAAUAAUUCUGGUCUUAGUUUUGAAGAGCUGUAUCGAAACGCUUAUACCAUGGUACUGUUAAAACAUGGUGAACGAUUGUAUACUGGAAUGAAAGAAGCAGUAAUAAAUCAUUUGGAAAACAAGGUUAGAGAAGAUGUUUUAAAAGCGUUAAACAACAAUUUUCUACAUGUACUGAAUGUUGCCUGGAACGAUCAUCAAACAUCCAUGGUAAUGAUUCGUGAUAUAUUAAUGUACAUGGAUCGUGUUUAUGUUAAACAUAAUGAAGUUGAUAAUGUUUAUAACUUGGGUCUCAUUUUGUUUCGUGAUCUAAUUGUUCGAUAUGGCUAUAUUCGUGAUCACCUUCGAAUGACUCUGUUGGGUUUGAUAAAACUGGAAAGAAAAGGUGAAGUAGUUGAUCGAAUAUCAAUUAAAAAUGCUUGUCAAAUGUUAAUGAUUCUUGGGAUUACUGGUCGCGUUGUUUAUGAAGAAGAUUUUGAAAAACCAUUUUUAGAACAAUCUGCUGAAUUUUAUAAGAUGGAAAGCCAAAAAUUUUUAGAUGAAAAUAGCGCAUGUAUUUAUAUUAGGAAAGUUGAAUCUAGAAUUGUAGAAGAAGCAGAUCGAGCAAAGCAUUACCUAGAUGAAUCGACUGAAUGUCGAAUUGUGGAAGUUAUUGAAGAAGAACUAAUUAAAAAAAAUAUGAAAACCAUAGUUGAGAUGGAAAAUUCUGGUGUUGUAUACAUGUUAAAAAACAAUAAAAACGAUGACUUGGCAUGUAUGUAUAAAUUGUUGACUCGUGUUAAUGAAGGCUUAAAAACUAUGUCCGAUUGUGUUAGUCAGUAUUUACGCGAAUUAGGAAAAUCCCUUGUACAAGAAGAAGAUGUAAAUACCAAUGCGGUGAAUUAUAUACAAAGUUUGCUGGAUUUGAAAGAUAGAUUUAACUAUUUUUUAGUUAAUUCUUUUAACAAUGAUAAGAUGUUUAAACAAAUGAUAGCUGCAGAUUUUGAAUAUUUUUUCAAUAUUAAUCCUAAGUCACCUGAAUAUUUAUCAUUAUUUGUUGAUGAAAAAUUAAAAAAAGGAGUGCGAGGGCUAACCGAAAAUGAUGUAGAGUUAGUCUUAGACAAAGCAAUGGUGAUUUUUCGUUUUCUUCAAGAAAAAGAUGUUUUUGAAAGAUACUAUAAGCAACAUCUAGCCAAGAGAUUACUUUUAAAUAAGUCAGUCAGCAAUGACAAUGAAAAAAAUAUGAUCUCAAAAUUGAAGACGGAGUGUGGUUGUCAAUUCACUUCAAAACUAGAAGGAAUGUUUAAGGAUAUGUCCAUAUCUAACACUAUAAUGGAAGAAUUUAAAGAAUAUGUUGCUAAAUCAAAUAAUCGUGUCUUACAUUCAUUGGAUCUUAUUGUGAGAGUAUUAACUACUGGAUUCUGGCCUACUCAUGCAAUAACAAAGUGCAAUGUACCAUUAGUUCCUAGGAGUGCAUUUGAUGAAUUCCGACUAUUUUAUUUGGGAAAACACAAUGGAAGACAACUUACAUUACAACCUCAACUUGGUUCAGCUGAUUUGAAUGCUAUAUUUUAUGGUACACGACGACCAGAUAAUGAACUAUCAACAAAUUUAACUUCAGCUGCUAACACUCACCGUCAAUCUACAGAGCGAAAGCAUAUUAUUCAAGUAUCAACCUAUCAGAUGUGUGUUCUUUUAUUGUUCAAUACUCAUGAAAAAUUAACUUUUGAAGAUAUUCAAAGUGAAACUGAUAUUCCUGAAAAAGAUUUAAUUAGAGCUUUACAAUCAUUGGCAUUAGGGAAACCUUCACAACGUGUACUCUUAAAAACUCCUAAGUGUAAAGAAAUAGAGUUAAAUCAUGAAUUUUGUGUCAAUGAAUUUUUUACAUCCAAAUUACACAGGGUUAAAAUCCAAACUGUUGCUGCUAAAGGGGAAACUGAACCAGAGAGAAAAGAAACUAGGACUAAAGUGGAUGAGGAUCGUAAACAUGAAAUAGAAGCAGCUAUUGUUCGUGUGAUGAAAUCUCGGAAAAAGAUGACUCACAACACUCUAGUAUUAGAAGUCGUAGAACAACUCAGAAUUCGAUUCUUACCAUCACCAGUUAUCAUCAAAAAAAGAAUUGAAGGCCUUAUUGAAAGAGAAUACCUUGCAAGAUCACCAGAAGAUAGACGUACCUAUGUCUAUGUUGCUUAAGUUAAAUAGCAAUAAAUUUGUGAUUAAAAAUGUAUAUAAAGUCUUCCUAUAUUAAGAUUAACAUCUGAUUUUUUUAAUUAGGCACCCAUUGUUCCUAUAUCUGUUUAAAAAAAUAGGACUAAAGAAACAAAUACUUAAGAGAUUCCUAAAGUAUGAAUUUUAAAAUUGUUUAAUCUAUGUGCAAUUUGUUAUUUAUAUAUUUCUUAAAGUUAGAAUAUUUGUAAAUAAUUUGUUAUGAUUGUAAAUAAUGUAUAGGUGCUACAUGGUAUAUAAAUUGACUUAGUGAUUAGUGUUGACUCUAUAUACAAAAAAAAAAAACAAAAAAAAAAAAAAA